UACAAGGAAAACCACGGGAAGAUGGGUUUCAAUUGUUUAUUCAUCGUACUCGGUCGUCAAUAAUAGAACGUGACUUGCCGAUGAGAACGUCACACCUAAUAAAGUUAUCAACUAGACAACUUCCCGGUGAGAGCGUGUUACACGGCACAAGCAAGUUUCACUCUGCUGUUUAAUAAUUCUGUGGCAAUCUGUAUGUUGAUGAGACGUUGCCAUCUUCCGACGAUUCUGUGGCUCGGCCAUCUUUUUCUAGAUCUCUGCUCUGUCUUCGGCUCGAUCUCUCACUCUACAGUAAUUGAAAACGGCGUUGCUCCAUCGCUUGUUGUUGAGCCGGUUGACACAGUCGCUUAUUACAACCAUUCGGAUGGGUUAGUUUCAGCAACUCUUGGUUGCCAGGCGCUUCCACAAAACGCGAAUGUCAGCUGGUAUAAGGAUGAUCUGCCAGUGCAGAGUGGAAUGGCAGGAAUUCCUAGAGUGAUUUUGAUUGAUGGAUGGCUCACGGUCAGCAACAACAAGUCGUUUACUGAUGAACUACUCAUCGAGGGUUUCUACUACUGUGAAGCUUCGACUGAUGUUGGAACAGUCAGGAGUAAAACAGCACUAAUCAGAGUUGGUCGUCGUGAAAGUUUUAGAAGAAAUUGGGGCAGGUUGAACAGAAUGAAUGUCAAGGAGACUGCAGUUGUAACUCAGACGGUUUACAUGACAUUGCCAUUGUCUCACUAUCUUUUGUGGAUUGUGGAAUGCAAUGGAAGCAAGAUCAAUUGCACGGUUGGCAAUUGCCCAUUUUGGCAGAAAUUGUCGACCGUUGGGAGACUACUUCAGCAGUCUGUGCUGCAACUUCGAUGCAACAAAUUGAAGAAAGUUAUUCCAACAUGUAAAUGUUUAAGCAUCAUCAGAAUCUCUACAUACUUUGGUCAUGAAAUAUCGGUGUCGUCACCAUGGAGUUAUAAUUUCAGAUUCAAUAAAGACAAUAAAUUUAGGAUUCGAAAUAGACAGCCAGAGCAGCACAUUUCUGUUGAAAAGGGUGGCAAUGCAACUCUUUAUGGCAUUAGUGGUCAUGCUAACAGCACACGCACGUGGAUACGAAACAAAACGGAGCUUGAAGUGAACAACAACAACAAACUGUCCAUCAUUUCACCUGGAGUACUGCAGAUAUAUGAUGUUGUAGAGAGUGAUAGUGGCCACUACGAUUGCAGGAUACGUUACACAUUUAAAUCUUUACAUUGGACAGUCAGUUUGUCAACGUUUUUGCAAGUUUAUGCUAUUCCUACUGUUGUAUUGAUGAUGAUCGAGGUUAGCAGUAAAGCAGAGACAACGAUGUGCAGGACUGUCGGAUCUUCGACAACUAAGUGCACUCUCCCACACUCUAACUCGGCUGUUUCUCUAAUAUUUCUGUGUACUACAACUGGACUACCUCGUCCUGUAAUACAGUUGGUCAAAGAUUCAGAGUUGAUUUAUCGGGAUAAUUCAACAUACUCACUGCUCCGUGUAGUCAAGAAUCCUCUCUUGGGUAUAUAUCAAUGCAUAGCAACUAACGACUUUGGGAGUCGGCAAGCCUCAUUAUAUCUUGAAUUGAAAGAAACCUCAAUCACUGAAAAGCCCACACUCAUGACAUCAUUACUACCUACUACUGUUAUGACUGCACCCAUUUCGUCAGAUAUUAGCUCAUCUUCUCUCAUUCCUACAAAAAGUGAAAGCAUUUUACAGACAGAAUUGUCCGAUACAAUCAGAUUCAAGGUUGCAACUGCAGUAGUAUCAGCAGUGGUCUUUAUAUUGUUCCUCGUCAUCGUAGCUUUGCUCAUAUAUAUUCAGAGAAAGCAUCAAAGAGAAAACAGCCAAGAUGCCAUGGUUAUGAAUGUUGCUUACAAUGUUGUGUCAGACAAGCCCAAAGACAACGCAGAAAUGGAAGACGCAAAUUAUGAAGAAGUUAGAGCAUCAUGAUUCUUGAGUAAUAGCAUGCACAAUUAACUGGCAUAUGCCACAACACAAUUGGCUGUACAUGUAGAUAAGGAAAGUGUAAGUUUUGCUGUUGAGUUUGAUCUGAAGUUGAUUAAAUAGACGAACAAUUAGGAUCUAGUAUGGUAAUUCUACAUGAAUGCUAUGAGAAUUGUAUUAAAUAUUGUCUGCACCUAGCUCAAUCAGUGUUUACUUUGUUUGUAAAAGUCAAAAUAGUAUAGUAGAUUUGUUAAU